UUAUAUCUGUAUGAUUAAAAGGGCAUGUCCUUCACAACAUGUAAAAUUUUGUGGGGCACACAAAUAUCUUCAAUUAUCAAAGCGGAGGUGGCUGCUUCUUGUAGGCACUUACUCAGCAGGAAAAACAUUAUUCCUCGCCUAGCAGUAGUUCAGGUUGGAUUGAGAGAGGAUUCCAAUAUAUAUAUUAAAAAUAAGCAAGAAGCUUUGAAAAAGGUGGGGAUUUUAUUAAGGCAUAUUCAAUUAAGUGAGGAUGUUACUUUACAAGAAAUUAUACGUAGAAUACGUAUUUUAAAUGAAGACGAUCAGAUUCAUGCUAUAUUAGUACAACUGCCCCUACCUGAGCACUUGAAUACUAAUAUAAUUUUCCGUUCUCUUUCCAUUAUUAAGGACGUCGACGGUCUUCAUCCGAUGAAUGUUGGAUUGCUUAGCAGUGGAGACCUUGCGGCAUCGGUAAUUCCAUGCGCGCCUGCUGCGUGCGUUGAACUUCUUCGGCGUUAUGAAAUAGAUGUCAGUUAUAAACACGUGGUCGUCGUGGGCCGAAGCAAUAUUGUGGGGCGCCCACUGGCGAGUUUACUUGAAAAAAUGAAUGCAACGGUGACGCUAUGCCAUUCAAAGACUGCCUAUCUUCCGGAGUUUGUCAAACAAGCGGAUAUUUUAGUAGCUGCCAUGGGAAAGCCGGAAUACAUCAAAGCUGAGUGGCUGAAAAAAGGGGCGGUUGUCAUGGAUGUGGGAGUCAACAUUGUGACCGACACCAACAAAAAGUCGGGACGCGGAAUUGUGGGGGAUGUGGAGUUUUCCAAGGCAAAAGAAGUGGCCUCUGCCAUCACGCCCGUCCCCGGAGGGAUUGGACCGGCACACUAGACGGUUGCUAUGCUUUUGAAAAAUACUCUUCUAUGCACUGAUCGGGCCACGCGGGGAAAUUCGCAGAGUG